CUGGUUUGUGGGCUCAGUCGGGCUGCAGCAGAGGCCGCAGCAGGAGAAGCUCUGCAGAGGAGACAUGAAGCCGACUAGAAGCUGAUAGAGGAAGACGAGGAGGAGCAGAGAGGAGGAAGAUCUCCAGGUGACAGAACAAAGCUCAGCCAAUGAAAACGAGCCGCUCGUUCAGAGACCAAAGGAGAACGCUGAGGAGCGCUUGUAUCAGAGGGGCGGGGACACUGAAGUCAGGCUGGCUCCUGAUUGGCUGGAGCGAUGGCCGUCACCAAGGUGGAGAAGCUUGAGGGAGGCGGGAGGACGUCGGGGGUCACGACCCCACUGGAGGUCAUGACCCCACUGGAGGUCAUGACCCCAUCAGAGGUCAUGACCCCACUGGAGGUCACGACCCCACCGGAGGUCACGACCCCACCGGAGGUCAUGACCCCACCAGAGGUCAUGACCCCACCAGAGGUCACGACCCCACCGGAGGGAGGCUGGGGAUGGAUGAUCGUCGCCGGCUGCUUCCUGUCCACCAUCUGCAUCCGGGCCGUGACCAGAUGUGUCUCCAUGUUCUUUGUGGAGUUCCAGCUGCACUUUGGGAAGGAUUACUCCACCACCGCCUGGAUCCACAGUCUGAUCGACUGCACCACCAUGCUCUGUGCUCCUCUGGGAGGUUUCCUGGCCAACCGUCUCUCCUGCAGAGCGACGGUGAUGCUCGGAGGUCUUCUCUCCUCUGCCGGUCUGGUCCUCAGCUCCUUCGCCUCCAGUCUGGAGUUCCUCUACGUCUCUCUGGGCGUCGUCACAGGUCUGGGUUUUGCUCUCAGCUACACUCCGGCGAUAGCGAUGGUUGGGAGGUACUUCAGUGAGAGGAAAGCUCUGGCCUAUGGAGUCGCCAUGUCAGGCAGCGGUAUCGGGACCUUCGUUCUGGCUCCGGCCGUCCAGCUGCUCAUCGAGCGUUACUCGUGGAGAGGAGCUCUGCUCAUCCUGGGGGGGUUCGUUUCCAACCUGUGUGUGUGUGGAGCUCUGAUGAGGCCGCUGGAACCGAAAAGACGCCAACGGAUUCGCGAGAACAACAAGUCAAACCUGGAGAAAGACCACAAGACCACCGCGUCCAAAGACACCGAACUGAACACCCUGAUGGAGACUCGAGGGCUCCUCAUCUCCAACGGAGCGCUCGCCAACUUCAAACUUGAAAACGACAAACUAUCUCAGGGGAACAUGGCGCUGCUGCCGAGCUCGAGCCCGUCCAACCCGAGCUUAACGGACCGGAAGAUAGCUGAAUGCAUUUUAUUCAGCAACAAGCUAACGGAGACGAUGCUAGCGGGGAUCGAACGCUCCAACCCUGAUUUAGCAGAUGGAAGCACAGCGGAGGAGUCCAAGCUGGUGGAGAGAAUGAACUUUAAGAAUAGAGAGCUGAAGAUUAAAGACUCAGAACUCCUUGGAGCUCAUCUCGUGGAUAAAACGUCUCCUGCAGAACCUUCAGCGCUCACACAGACGUCCUCCAGAGGGCGCUGUUGUGGUCUGGAGUCCAGAGAGGAGUCCGGGUUCCUCCUGAUUCCGGACUUCCUCAUUCUGUCCGUGUCCUUCCUGUUCCUGGCGUACGGCUGCAGCGCUCCGGUGGUCUACCUGGUCCCGUACGCCCUCAGCGUUGGACUGGAGAGCCAGCGGGCCGCCUUCCUCAUGUCCAUAUUCGGAGUCAGUGGCAUCUUUGGAAACAUCACCUUCGGGUGGAUCACGGACAGGAAGUGUCUGAAGAGGUUCCGCAUGCUGAGCUACCUGGUGGCCAUCGGCAUGGAGGGGCUCUGCUGCAUGUUCCUCCACCUCCUCCGCUCCUUCUCCCUCCUCCUCCCGUUCUCCCUCCUCUACGGGUACUUCGACGGGGCGUACGUGGCGCUCAUCCCCGUGGUGACCUCCGACGUCGUGGGCUCCUACCACCUGACCUCCGCUCUGGGUGUGGUCUACUUCCUGCACGCCAUCCCCUACCUGAUAAGCCCGCCGAUAGGAGGCUGGUUGGUGGACAGGACGGGAGACUACGCGGCGACCUUCUCCCUCAGCGGGGCGUCCUUCAUGUUCAGCUCUCUCGUCCUCGCAGCCGCCAUGUUGGUCCGACACCUGCAGAAGUCUGCUGCACGCUCGAGUCCCGGUCGCUCUGCUGCUGCAGCUCAGCAGGGAUGUGAACCCACAACACUGCUGCUGUGUUCAGGCGCUGUUUAGACGCUGCUGGUGCGUUCAAAGAGUGUGAAGCUGAGACGUGACAGCCUAUCAGCGUUGAGAUUCUCCUCCUGACUUAGUCGCGUCAUAAAUGGAGGAAAUAACUAUUGUAGCCCUCUGUGUUCACCCAGAGCUCUACCUCAUAUACAUGUACAGAGACCAGACUUUACUCUGUGUAUAAAUAUAUGUAUAUAAACCACAAACAACGGUACAAAUAAUAAUGCUUUAUUUUUAAGCCAAGAUUAAGUUAUUCUUAGUGUUGAUGGAGCAGCUACAAUGUUAGCAUAGCCUAGCACUGAUCGAUCCAAACUCUGUUCAGAAAACAAGCAUUUUAAAGUUGAUUGCUUGUCGUCUUGCAGACACACCUGACAAAGAAUGAACUAAGAUCAGCAUCAUUUUUAUCCGAUAAAUGCAAAAAAAAUCACAGCAAAAUCUGUUUUUUUGGGUUCAUGCCACUUUAGUAAACCAGUAGUAUCAUACAACUUAUCUGAGACUCCACAACAUGUACAGAAAAGCAAUAAACGUCAUA